UGGAUCCCAAGAGCACCAUGAAGCCGGAGGCUCUCUGGUGGUUCCUGGGCCUCCUGGCGCUGUGGGGUGGAGGAGAGGCCUCAGACUAUGGGGAGGAGGAGGAGAAGAUCGGGAAAUCCGGCUACUGCCCCGCCUUCUCCGCUGGACUCUACCAGCCGCCCUGCAGCGUGGAGUGCGAGGCGGACAGCGAGUGCGAGGGGGCCAUGAAGUGCUGCGAGUUCGCCUGCCGCCACAGCUGCACACCGCCCAGCAGAGAUAAGCCUGGGAUCUGCCCCUCCCCACUAAUGAAGAAGCUGUAUGUGCCUGCCCCAUGUGUGACCACCUGCGCGGCAGACGAGGAGUGCUCCGGGGCCCAGAAGUGCUGUGAGAGCCCCUGUGGACGGACCUGCAGGCUUCCCCUUCCAGAGAAACCCGGGAGAUGCCCCAAGAGGCAGCCACAGAAGAGCGCGGGCCCUUCCGCGGACACCUGCCUCCACGACCAGGAGUGUUCAGGAGCAGAGAAGUGCUGUUUCACCGGCUCCUCCAUGAACUGCCUCCAAAUCCAGCCAGGGAGCGGAGCAGGGACAGAAGGCAGCCGCCCAGGCCAGGAAGCUGCCCGUGCCCGGCUGUGGGCAUUGGCGGGGCGAGGCGUGGCUCAGCGGCCGAAGAACAACCCGUCUCCUUGUGCCUGCGGAGGCAAAUGACGCUGGGGAGUUGGACUGGUGCACUGUGGGGGAGGGGGAGCCCCCCUUCCUUGCAAGGUUCCCCUUGUGAGCCGCCGGGAAGAACGAGACGCUCCGCGGCCUGCUUGGGCUGAGAAGGACGCAGGCGCCGCACUCUCGUUCAGGACUUCUCCUCGCGGGCAUGAAGCGGCUCCCCAUCGUCUCCUGCACAGGAUCCAUCCCUCUCCCCUGUUGGGAUCCAGCUACCCCUUUGAACCCAGAGCAGCCACAAGGGUGGUGGGCUGUUUAGGGAAUACAAGCACCCUCUUGGCGGGGACCUCCUCAGAGCCGGUUCUUCUGUGAGGGCGCGCAGUUCCAAAAGCCGGGGGGUGGGGGAUACACAAAUCUGCCUUUUGACUGACUCAGACCCUGGGUGCAUCGCGGUCAGCAUGGUGUGCUCUCCAGGGCCUUAGGUCUUUCACCUCACCCGCUACCCGGUCCUCUCUAUGCAGGACUGAACUGGAGAUGCUGGGGAUUGAACCUGGGGCCUCCUGCACGCCAAGCAGAGGCUCUGCCACUGAGAUGCUCGGCACCCAAAUUCAGGGCUGCCUUCUUGGGGGGGGGGAGCAACCAGGGAGAGCGUUGUGGGUCCCUGUGGAACGGAUCGCUCCUUCUCCUCCAGACCAUCACAAAGGCAGCCUCUCGUAAGACAGCCUGUCUGCAAGACCUGUCCGUUCUGGCCACGGAUUUGAAGGCCUGCAACACCAAGGACAGCCCGGGCAGGCCCUUUCUCGGAGAGGGGCCCCUGGGGGAGGGUGGGCCAGCGCCACCACCCCCCAAGGGCAGCCGUUGCUGGGAUCCAUUUGAGUCUGGCCGUUAGUCCUAUAGCCAGUGUUCCCUCUCAGCUGAGUCCGUGUGAGCU